AUGUCUCUAGUCUUCGCCGUUCUCUGUCUGGUGGCAGUUCGUGCCCUGGCCACUGAACAUCUUCUUCCUUUCAAACGCGCUGCAGACGUGAGCCAGACCGGCAUUGCCCCGGAGAAAGACAUCACGCUGUACUACCAGGCCGCGAGUCAGCCCUUGACAGCCGCCACGGUGGAUGCUCAAAUGAAACUGCCAACGGUGGUCCUGGAGGAGAUUACCACCAUUUCCAGUGUCAGCUGCUCGGCCGAAGCAGUGGAAGUCGUCUUUGCCAGCACGGCUGACUAUCAGCGCAGCGUCUCCGCAUGGCCCUCGUCCAGCUUCAUUCUACUCACCAACCACCUGGGCAACUGCGACGCGGAGAACGAACGCGGCGUCUACUUGGUCGACUCAAGCACCGUAGGCAGCGCCAACAACACCAUCACGGCCCAGACCACCCGCAGCUCGUUCCGAGACCAGGCGCAGUUGAUCUCGGUGCUCUUCAAUGCGAGCGCGGUGGCAUCUCGCAAGCGCGACUGGACCAUCUCCGUCUCGGACGAGUGGUCGGGCGAGCUGAUCGAUAUCAAGGAUCUGGCCAUCGACGUGCAGGAUGUCAGCCUGAGCACCACCCUGGACCUGAGCGGCGGGGUGGAGCUCGAUGUGACCAACUCGACGGCGACAAGCCUCUACCUGGAGCUGGAUCUUGCCCUUUGGGCUGAGCUGAACGUGUCUGCGCAGGCGACCGCCGCCUAUUCCACGGAUCUCUGGAGCUACACCUACGACGCCUUGUCGGUCUCCGCAUUCGAGAUCACCGGGAUCCUCAGUGUCGGCCCCUCCCUGACCCUGGGUGUCGGCGUCGAAUUCGGAGUCACCGGCGAAGCGAACAUCACCGCGGACCUAUCGACGCAGAUCACCAGCGGCACCAUCUACCUCGACCUGCUGCACAGCGGCGCCUCCACAUCGUCGGGCUGGACUCCCACACAGACUGCAUCAGCGACCCUGUCCGGCGAGGUCGAUGCGCAGCUGAAUCCCUUCGCGGAUGUGGAACUCGCGGUGGGGGUGAAUGUCCUCGACGGUCUGCUCGAGGUCUCCGCCGGCGUCGAGGCCAGGGCCGAGGUCGUGAAUAGCUUCUCGGUGGCGGGCGCCGCGGAUGUCAGCUCGACCACGGGUGUGACGGCUGUGACUGGAACGGGUGCUUGCAGCAAUGGCUACUGGUUCACGAGCGACUUUGUUUUUGAUGUGGACGCGUUCGUGACCAGCCUUUACUCGGUGACUCUGUACACGGUGACGCUUCCGAUCUUUGCGACGGAAUGCUUGGCUUUUUGA